CCGGGUCAUAGUUGAAACAUGCCCCAUUACCUUGUUUUUAGCGCUUACCUCUAACUACGUGGCCAUGCCUUUAAUAAUAAUGUGUGGCUUUCCCUGUAGUGGAAAAACGAGACGGACAGAAGAAUUAAGAGCUUAUUUUGAACAACACACCGACAAAAAGAUUCACGUUGUGGGAGAUUCAGCUCUGGCGGUGGAGAAGAAUGCCGUGUAUGCAGAUUCCCAGAAGGAAAAACAGGUCCGUGCUGUGCUGAAAGCUGAAGUAGAAAGGAAAGUCAACAAGGAUGACAUUGUGAUAUUGGAUUCAUUAAACUACAUUAAAGGCUACCGCUAUGAACUUUUCUGUCUCACAAAGCAUGCACAGACACCACAAUGCCUGGUGUAUUGUUUGACGUCAGAGGACGUGAGCUCAGCGUGGAACGCAAGCAGAGAUGCAGAGGUGCAGUACACGCAGGAAAUCUUGAAGGCAUUAGUUCUGAGAUUUGAAGCGCCAGACUCCAGAAACCGGUGGGACAGUCCACUUUUCACCGUCCUCCAAGAUGACACGCUUCAGUUUGAAGCCGUAGCCGACGCUAUUUUCAAAAGAAAGGCUCCGCCGCCGAAUCAGUCCACACAAAGUCAACCACUGUCGUCUGCAAACUUCCUGUACGAGUUAGACAAGAUCACGCAGGACGUGUUAAUGGCAAUUUUUAAUGCACAGAAGACAAGUGUUCCUGGGGAUUUUGUUUCAGUUCCUGGAGCCACAGAAAAAAUUGUGCUGACGAGUACCGUCAACAUGGCCAAGCUGCGCAAAUUCCGGCGGCAGUUCAUCAGUUACACCAAAAUGCACCCAACAGAGAACACGGAACACAUUUCCAAUAUGUUUGUACAGUAUUUAAAUAAGAGCCUUGAUUAAAGAUUGUCUUCAACUAU